AUGCUUCCUGGUCCUCCCUUGAACACGGUACUUUCGUUCACAAUGGCAUUUGGUUCCUGUAUAUCAAUGUCUCAGAUCACAGCUGGGUGCUUGAACCAUGGCAAAAGAGAGCAACAUUCCGGUGACCUACCAACGGGAUGGAAUUCGCAUACCUUUGCACCAUGCCUCGCUCGUGGGGAGUAUGAAGAGCUAGUAUGA